GUUGUUUGUCCGUUUUGGGCUGCCGUCCUGCAGAUCCGCCAUAUUGUCUGCUGAAGCUGCCGCCGCUGCCGCCGCCAAGUAGGAGCGAGCGGAGCCGCGAUGGAGACCAUGGCAAGCCCAGGGAAAGACAAUUAUCGAAUGAAGAGCUAUAAGAACAAUGCCCUGAACCCUGAGGAAAUGAGGCGAAGAAGAGAGGAAGAGGGCAUUCAGCUUCGGAAGCAGAAGCGGGAGCAACAACUUUUUAAACGGAGAAAUGUGGAGAUGAUUAAUGAGGAAGCGGCCAUGUUCGAUAGUCUCCUCAUGGACUCCUAUGUGAGCUCUACCACUGGGGAGAGUGUGAUCACAAGAGAGAUGGUAGAGAUGCUCUUUUCUGAUGACUCUGACCUGCAGUUAGCAACCACACAGAAAUUCCGGAAACUGCUCUCCAAAGAGCCUAGCCCUCCAAUAGAUGAAGUUAUCAACACUCCAGGAGUGGUGGAUCGGUUUGUGGAGUUUCUGAAGAGGAAUGAGAAUUGUACGUUACAGUUUGAAGCUGCCUGGGCUCUAACGAACAUUGCCUCUGGAACCUCUCAGCAGACCAAAAUUGUCAUUGAAGCAGGGGCUGUCCCCAUUUUUAUAGAGCUGCUUAACUCGGACUUUGAGGAUGUACAGGAACAGGCAGUCUGGGCACUGGGAAACAUAGCUGGAGACAGCUCCGUCUGCCGAGAUUAUGUCUUGAACUGUUCCAUCCUUAAUCCUUUGUUAACGCUACUUACAAAGUCCACACGACUGACGAUGACACGGAAUGCAGUCUGGGCCCUGUCAAACCUCUGCCGAGGGAAGAACCCACCUCCGGAGUUUGCAAAGGUCUCCUCUUGUUUGCCUGUGCUGUCUCGCCUACUUUUCAGCAGUGACUCAGACUUGCUGGCAGAUGCUUGCUGGGCCCUUUCUUAUUUGUCCGAUGGCCCCAAUGAGAAGAUACAGGCGGUCAUAGACUCUGGAGUCUGCAGAAGAUUGGUAGAACUUCUAAUGCAUAAUGAUUACAAAGUGGCUUCUCCUGCCCUGAGAGCUGUGGGUAACAUCGUCACUGGGGAUGACAUCCAAACCCAGGUCAUUCUCAACUGUUCAGCGCUCCCUUGCCUCCUCCACUUGCUGAGCAGCCCCAAGGAGUCAAUCCGGAAAGAAGCUUGCUGGACCAUUUCAAAUAUCACUGCUGGCAACAGGGCUCAAAUUCAGGCUGUCAUUGAUACAAACAUCUUCCCUGUGCUGAUCGAAAUUCUUCAGAAAGCAGAGUUCCGUACAAGGAAAGAAGCAGCCUGGGCUAUCACCAAUGCCACAUCUGGAGGAACCCCUGAGCAGAUCAGGUACUUAGUAUCACUGGGCUGCAUCAAACCCCUUUGUGACUUGCUGACUGUGAUGGAUUCAAAGAUUGUGCAAGUGGCCCUCAAUGGACUGGAGAACAUCCUUCGGCUUGGGGAGCAAGAGGGCAAGCGCAGUGGCUCAGGGGUCAAUCCCUACUGUGGCCUGAUCGAAGAAGCCUAUGGCUUGGAUAAAAUCGAAUUUCUCCAGAGCCAUGAGAACCAGGAGAUCUACCAGAAGGCCUUCGACCUCAUUGAGCACUACUUUGGUGUAGAAGAUGAUGAUAGCAGCCUGGCUCCCCAAGUGGAUGAAACGCAACAGCAGUUCAUAUUCCAGCAGCCUGAGGCCCCCAUGGAGGGCUUUCAGCUAUAAUGUCUGCCUCCGGGGAGGGGAUGGGAUGGGAAGCACCACCAACCAGCGGAAAAGCAGCCCUCUGGUGGGCGGGAAACCAGCUCCCCACCAUCAGCCACCACACACCUCUGCUGCCCUGGAAACUGUGCUCUUGACCUGCUCCACCCCCUUCCCUGGAGGGAGCACCCUCUGGACAGACAGAACCAUCUGAGGCUCAUAUUUGGGUUUUGUGACAAGAAGGGGACGUGUUGGGUUUUUCUUCCUUACACUAUAUUUUGGCUGCACAUAUGUCUUUAACCCAGGAGCCCAGGGGUAGACAAAGGAGGACUGAGGUAAUCAAUUUUGCACCUUUUUUAUUUUUAUUUUUUCUUUAGUAGUGACUUCCUUCCCUUUUAUCUUCCUUCAUCCUUCCCAGUUCUCUGCCCUGAUUUGUGUAACUCUUAUCUUGGGUACUUGAGCAGAUGGAAUAUUCCAGAAGUGGGGGUUGGGAGGGGAGGGGAGAAAUCCAAAAAAAGUGUUCUUGCUCUGACAGAAUAUUAAUCUUGUAUGCUUGGAUUGAGUUAUUUAAUUUUUUUUCUUUUGCACAUUUUUCUUGUAUUAAGAUUGCUCUUUCCAAGAACCAUGAGUUCCUGGUUUUAGGAAUCCCAGCUGCCAGCAUUGUCUGGGACUAGAGGCUGAAGGGGAGGUCACCAUGAGACAAAGGCCCUUCCCUCCCUCCCUCUAACCCCUGCCCAGACCUCUUUAGUUUGGGAGAUCCCCCUCACUCUCCUGGGCAAGUACACCAGUGGGAGUGGAGGGGAGGAGCACAGGCUUUUGAGACAGGGCUUCCCAUGUGUCGCUACUGAUCCCAUGUUUCCUACCCACCUUCCAAUGGUGCGACCCAACUUCAUUUGUUUACUUGAAAAUUCCCCUCAGAGUUGACCGAACCUCUGAGGUAGCUAUAUUUUCUCCUAAGCAUGAGACAGGGGGCUGUGAUCCUUCCUUUCUCCUGAGGAGAAAGUCCUUGCUCUGGUGACCCAUAAGUUGCAGAGGAGGUUGGAGUGAGAGUGUCCUGUAUUGGGAUAGCCAGGGAUCACUACCUUUGGCCUUUCUUCUUCCUCUUCCAUAGUUGUAUCAUGUAUAUUUUACUUCCAAAGGAGAAAAUGUCAAAAAGUUCUGUAUUUUUUUAUAUUCUAUAUAUUAGGUAAGUCAAUCUUGAUUGGUCUUGAGAGGAAGAAUUCUCUGUAAUUUCUGUAAGUAGGGUACUGUGAGGAAGACCAAAACGAAACGUGGAAGCUCCCUCACUUAGGAGGUCUGAGCUUGGUCUUUUCUUCUGUGCUUGGGUUCUGGGCCACCACCUGGGACCAACCCUUAGCUCUGGAACCUUUAUGUAGCAUGUCAACAUGGUCUGAUUGUCCCAUACCUGAAGGAAGCAAGGAUGACCUCAAGGUGUGGUGAAGUCUGCCACUCUCAUCUUUACUGCUGAGCAUCCUGCUUGCUUCAGGAAACCCAGAAAGCAGUCUGCCUUCUCAGAUUUGGUCUCAGAGGCCCUUGUUCACACAUGGCUGCCUCUCCUAUUAUCAUAGAAACUUAGCAGCCUCAGGACUUUAGUGAGAGUUAUAGAUAUCUUCCCUGUUUGGGAUCCUUGUACCUGGUUUGGGUUUUGCCCUUGUGACAAUUAUAAUCCUAAUGUCUAUUUUGUCUUUUCUCUUUGAGUGAAGCUAAUGCAAUGCCACAAUGGCUUGCCUAUGCUUUGGUGGAUUACAUAUGAGAGUAAAGCCCAGUUGUUGGGGAUGGGGUUAGAGAAAGUUGUUAGAUAAGUAAGUCAGCCAGCUAAGUAACUAUAGACCAACUGUGAGAAGGCACAGUCUGCCGUGUCCCUGCUUUCCUGCUAUGGUCAGUCAGUCAGAAGUGCCCUGCUCCAAGAUGUGUUUUCCCUUCCCCAGAAACAGUGCCAUUCUUGCUCCCAUUCCUACAUAUCUCUGGCUCAGGUGAAAUCCAUGCCCCUCUGCUUACAGAUCUCAAGUUCAGGUGCUCACUGUCAGCCAUUGGCCUUGAAUUUGCCCUCCUCCUAGUGUGAGAUCCAACUCCACAGCCAUUUUCUGAGAAAGGUGGCUUGGAGCUAUAGCUUAUCACUGAAAAGUCGUACCAAUGCUGUACCACUUGAGUGAGUCAGAUGCUAUUCUUCAGCUUGGGAAUGAUGACUCAACCCCCAGUCUCCCAGGUAGGCAAGAGGCAGGGCCUUUUUCACUUGGCCUGCUGACUUCAUUACGAAACUAUUCUAUAGUUCAAAGAAAAACCCCACCCUCACCCCCACCCCCACCCUUGUCCAAAGGGGAAAGCCCUUUAGUAGGAUCUACUUUGUACAUCUUAAGCAAUAGUUAAGUCCCUGACAUUGGGGCCAGUUUCUUACUGUGAGACAUACACAUCCUGCUUUUCCCAACUCUUCCUCCAAAAUCUACUUUCCCUUCAGAUCUGGGCCCUGUACCAGAGGGAAGAUUUUUGUUUCACUGGCUGCUGCUUAAAGCCCUUUUUUUCCAGGGACUUCAAAGGCUGAAGUCUCCCAGGGCACAACAUGAGGAGAGAUUUCUCAUCAGAUAAAAGUGGCCUCUAAGAGCUUUCCCUUUUUAGUGUCUUCCUCAGACCAUGUUUCCCAUUAUCUUCCUUUAACCCCUUCUAGUCAACAGGUGAAGUUCUUCCAGCCACAGAGCAGUGGCAUCAUCAUUUGUGUUUCUCCUCUCCUUUGGCCAUUUUGGGAAGCAAAGUAUUUCUUUAACCCAGGCUGGAUAGCCACUCUUCAUAGGCAGCUCCCAUCUGGACUCCAGACCCUGACCUAGGUAAGGUCAAAGGAUUUCUGGUAGAUUUCUGAAUAAAUGUUGCAGGGAUGGAGGGGCUGCCAGCCUGCUGUAGGGAAUAGCCUGAUAAGACAUGUUUUUGGAAUCUUCAUAUGUUGCCAUAUGGCUGAUAUGUCCAUUUUAAGAUCUCUGGUGGGGGUGGAGGUGUCUGGGUGUGGAUUAAGAGAAUAAGGAACCUUUUCUUAAAGUAUUCAAAUACUGUUUUAAAUAGUGCCAGCUAUUCUUUAUUGCCAGUCCCGUUGGGCAUCCCAUCCCCAAUUAAUCUUCCAGUACUAACAGAAUCUCUGGUCCUAGAAGCCUGCAUUAAGAUCGGAGCUUUCCCCGGUGACUACUUGGCCUUGGUGUUGGCUACACCUUCUAAUAGAACCACGUGGGUUCCACCUCAGCUGGCCAGCCUGGUUACUUGGGUCAUUGGGUAAAAAUGUCUCUUCCAAGGAGCAGGUAUUGAUGAUUUCAGCUUUCUGGGACCCUGGUGUUUCCUAUUACCUAGGACCCUUAAAUCUACUCUCCUUGCCUGGAAGGUACUUUCCAGGAGCCCACGUUUUUGGAGCUGAACUGCACAGAUUAUAGCUGCUACUAUAGUCAAGGAAGAGCAAAAGCAGGUUCUCAGGCACAGACUUUCUUUUUCUCGCAAGCCAAACCAGCUUAAAAGGAAGAAUGGUCUACAGAAUGAAAUGGAUUUCCAUUUUCUCAUGUCUGCCUGCCUUCCCCCUACAUUCUAGAGUUACUCCUGUUUCUAGCAAACUAGAAGGGAAGGUGAAUACCUGGCAAUACUUCCCUCCUCAUUCCACGUACCCCUCUUUAAAUGCCUCAGCUCAUAUGUUCAGGCCACAUCUCUUCUCCUGAGACUCACUUAGCUUGUUGUCCAUCAUCUUGGGUAUUCCUCUAUAGAUUCGUCUUGUGGGCUCAGAUUCUGAAUUCUCAACUGAAAGCAGGUAGGUAGCCAGAUUCUCCAGGUCCCUACAGACGCUAUAGGGACCUGUAGGGAAAACAGGCUGGCUGAGGGCCUCAGGAAAUGUGUGUGGCUGUCUGCCUCCCUGACAGGCUGGGGAAGGGUGCAAGGCUCAGUGCACUGAAUCACAGGAAGAUGCUCCUAACAAGUAGCAACAUCUUCCAGGUAGGACUAUCCUAGAAGUGAGUAAGUGUGAGACUGAGAAAUUGCUCAGAGUAGGUUUAUUCUGUAGCCAUUUUAGGAUUCUAGACCAAUCUUGUCCAGUAUUUUUUCUGUAUCUUAACUUCUGGAUUCUUAUGUUAAACCAGCAAGGUGAGAUUGUGGCCCUGUGGAGAUCCAUGUUGUAGGAAUAAGCUGCUCUUUGGCCAAGACCUUCAUUAAUGAUUUAGUCAUCUUUUUGUCUAUCCCCCAGCCCUACCCCAGAUUAAGACCAUAGCAAGGGAAGAAUUUGAGGUCAGCAACCAACCAAGUCUGAAUAAAGCUGUUAUUUUUCCUCUGAGGGCAUUUUGCCUCAGGCCUAGGUUAUUUGCAGAACCAAGACUAGGUAUGAGAGUUAGAAGAGACAGCAUUAAAUUUUGGGCCCAGAACACCCCAGAAGAAAGGUUUGUGUAGUGUUAUAAAAGUUUGUGUAGUGUGUAGUUUGGGCCUACCUCGCUAUUUCUGGGCCAGCCUGACUGCUGAUGUCCACGUUAGAACAUAUCUGAACCCCUCUGCUAAAUGCUAGCCCUGCUCCCCUGUGUAGGUCAUAUUUUCAGCCCCUAGGUUUGAGGACAGAAAAUCUUGCCAUGUCCUGGGGCAAUGAAGGAAGGCAAAGCUCAGAUCCUGAGACUGGCUAGGAAUCUCUAACUCAGAGGAUGGCUUUGACAGUCCACCUCUAUGAGAACCCUCAGGCCCUGUCCUUGGGUAUUGGCUCUUUUAGCCAACUUUUGUGGGAACUGCCUUUGAAUGAACCACUAAAGAAGCAAUGGGGGUAUGAGGUCCCAGCUACCCAAGACAAACCAGAUGUCCCUCAAAAGCAGUUUGGGUUCCCAGCUACAGACCCUGCGAGGGUGAAUCAAACCCUUUUUCUCACUGGUUUUUUCUUUCCAAAUUCAUUUGCUUCUAAUUUUCCAUGAACUAUAAACUCUGGCUAUUUUCUAUGUUCUCAGGACCCCUGGGUAGAUGACAAAGCUUGAUUUCAGAGCAGACAUAGGCCAAGAAACCGUGGCAUUGAGUGUGCUGAGUCCAGACAAAUGAUAUUUAUAUACACAUCCAAAUUUGAAGAGAAAAUGUAUUUCUUUAGGUUUCAAACACUGUAAUAGAUAUAAAGCAAAAAUAAAAACC